CAGUCUGGAGACUGGUGUUGAAAUCACCUUCAGUCGAGCAGAGGCACCGUGAGGCUGAGACGGUGUAUGUGGACAGAAAAUGCCCGGAAAGUGACUCGAGAGGCCGGCAGGACUGUCGGGAUAUUCACGCUGGAUUCUGUGAAGAUAUUUUAACCGAGAAACCGGAGUCUCCUGCGCCGUAUCCGCAGAAUUAGGCCUGAUGGAGCUGGGGACUCGACGCCUGCUGUGCACCAGGGACCUCGACCCAUGCCCGGUUCCCAGCAAACAACCGUAAAGGGUGGGAACCUUAAUUACCCUUCAGUUCCUCUUUCCCGCCCCUCCCCCUAAAACUGCCCCUGUGGUAAUAUUGUCUUCUCCUGCCUGUGGGCUGCAACAUGAUCGGCAAGCUAAAACAGAACCUGCUGGUGGCCUGCUUGGUCAUCAGCUCGGUCACGGUCUUCUACCUGGGCCGCCAUGCUAUGGAGUGCCACCAUCGCAUCGAGGAGCGCAGCCAGCCGGGCGGGAUCCUGCCGCUGUCUGCGCUGGGGGGCAGCAUGCGGACCACCUUACGGACGGGUCAAAAUCUCAGCUCGCCGUUUGUUUACAACAAAGACAUGCCGCUCGUCUUCAUCGGAGGAGUUCCCCGCAGCGGGACCACGCUAAUGCGAGCCAUGCUGGACGCUCACCCUGAGGUGCGCUGUGGAGAGGAAACGCGCGUCAUCCCACGGAUUCUCGCCAUGAAGCAGAUGUGGAGUCGGUCAGGUCGAGAGAAGAUGCGUCUGGAUGAGGCUGGAGUGACGGAUGAGGUGCUGGACGCCGCCAUGCAGGCCUUCCUGCUGGAAAUAAUUGUCAAACACGGAGAGCCCGCCAACUUCCUCUGCAACAAAGACCCAUUUGCACUGAAGUCGCUCGCCUACCUGGCCAAGAUAUUUCCCCGUGCCAAGUUUGUGCUCAUGAUCCGCGACGGGCGAGCCUCUGUCCACUCCAUGAUCUCAAGGAAGGUGACUAUCGCAGGCUUCGACCUGGGCAGCUACAGGGACUGCCUGACCAAGUGGAACCGGGCCAUAGAGACCAUGUACACUCAGUGCCUGGACGCAGCGGACAAAUGUCUGCCUAUGCAUUACGAACAGUUGGUCCUCCAUCCUGAGAAGUGGAUGAGGACACUGCUGAAAUUCCUGGACAUUCCUUGGAAUGAUGCUGUCCUCCACCAUGAGGAGCUCAUUGGGAAAGCUGGAGGAGUUUCUCUCUCCAAAGUGGAGCGGUCUACAGACCAGGUCAUAAAGCCUGUCAAUGUGGAGGCCUUGUCUAAGUGGGUGGGGAAGAUCCCGGCCGACGUGGUCAGGGACAUGGCCGUCGUCGCCCCCAUGCUGUCCAGACUGGGCUACGACCCCCACGCCAACCCCCCUAACUACGGCCGACCGGACCCCAAAGUCCUGGACAACACCAGAAGGGUCUUUAAAGGUGAAUUUCAGCUACCAGAUUUCCUAAAAGAACAAUCACAGAUCCAGAAGUCUGCAGAGGGACCAAACCCCAGUUAGGAGCAGAGGGAGUGCCAUCACUGCAACACACAGUUGCAGUGAACCAGAAAAUGCUGGACAUCAUCUCACCGUCUGAGCACAGUAGGACAGUGACCUCAGCGUCAGCAGCACCUCCACCUGCAGGCUGCUCCCACUCCUCGUGUACGGAGCGGAGGACUCUUGGCCUUGGAUGUUGUACUGUACAGAAAAUAAUACUAAUACUUCUCACACCCACAGAAUGUCUGCUGAUUGUUAUUUUUGUGUCACAUCAUGCUCGUUGAUUUUUCUUUCUUUUUUUUAGAAAUGAUUUCAGGCUUUUUAGAGAAAACAACAACAACUCUGUGAUUCUGUUGUAAGAAACUGCAGUGAAGCGAAAUCGCAAGAAGUAUUUAUGAAUGGAAAAUUAGCUUUUGGAAGAUGCAAUACCUAUUUUAGUGUUCAUUUUUUCAUGCCUUUGUAUUGUGCAAUGUCAUGGGUACUGAUCAGUUUGAAGUAUCAACCGUGAUAAACGAUGCUUUUUCUAAA